CAACAACAACACCAACAACCCAACAACAACAACAACAGCAGCUUAGAUUGUUCUUGCUUCUUCACUGCUGUUAUUUCUCAGCUUUAACGACCUGACAUAAACAGUUUAUGAGAUUUAUUCUUGACCUGCUGCUGAAGCAGAUCUUUGCAGCAGAGGACUUACACUUGCAGUGUCAAUACUCAGUGUAAUAUAGCUUGUGUAAGUGGCAUAGGAAGAGCACUAUGUAUCAGCAGUGGAAAGGCUACAUUAGCAGUGUGAUAAUACAUGUGCUGUUACAUGCGCUAUUGGAAUUCUAAUUUCUCACAAUUAUAUUCCUGCCUUUUACCAGUCAUUGUAUUAUACUGUGACUGAAACCUAUUAAAGCUUCAGUUUUGAGGGAAUAAUUAUAUUUAUCAUGCUGUGUCCAUGUUGUAUAUCAGAGAACCAUUAAUACAUACCAUGGAAUAGGUGGGGUUUGAACCCAUGACAAGUGAGUGCUAAAACUCCAGGCCAGUGCAUUAACCAUUGGGCCAGUUGGCUAUGAUAAGAUUCAUCCAACUAGGUAUAUUUCUAUACACCAUAGGGAGGUUAGCAUGGGCCACCACUGUGACCACAAAUGUAAGUUUUUACAAAUGAAUCACCCAGUGUGGCUGUGGCAAACUCUAGUUUAAGUCCCCUCAAAGCCGUGAGUUCAUCCCUACCUGUUCUAUGGUUUGUUUGCAGUUGUGUUAUUUCAAUUUUGUGAGUCAUUAAUACAUACUUGAAAAAGUUAUAACAUCAAAUGAAAAAUUAAUUCCUUCCUGAAUUCAGUGCUCAUUCACUCAAAAUUUUUAAUUUAUUUAAAUAUGUACUCAAUUCUAAAAACAUUCUUUGUGCUCGUUAUAAGUAAUGGUUCAUAAUGUAAGGUCAUUGAUGAAAUAGCUUAAGAAUAUAGGAAAUAUCUAAACUGCUGUAGAGAAAAUUGUGAACUAAAUUUACUGUUAUAUUGUGAAGUGUAUGACCAGUGAAGUCUGAGCACCUCUAUGUGAAUAUAUCAACAUGUGUGAGUCACAUAAAAUAAAAUCUAUACGAGUAUUCCUGUACAUUUUUUACACAACACUUGAGUCAGACUUAGCCCUCUAACUAUGGAAGACCCUGGGAAAAAAUUCUUGUGUGUGUGUGAUUUUGAAAAAUAAAAAAAAUAUUUUUUUCUUACAGAUCUGAUACUUUUUCUUACAUAUCUGAUGAAACUUAUGAUAUAUGGUGCUGAAGUUGGUGAAAAAAAUUUAUCACUAAUUGGUAACAGUGGUGUUAAAGUAAUAACAAUGUUUACAUUUUACAAUUAUUGAUUCUAAUAUAUGAUUAUUUUUCUGUUCAUUUUUAAUUGCUUUUAAUUUUUAAAACUAUAUAUACUAGUUUUUAUAAUAUUAGAUGUGUUUCAAGGUGUUUUAGCAUGCAAACAUUGCUUCACUUGGAAUAAUCAAUAUAUAUAUAUAUAUAUAUAUGAUAUGACUGAUUUUUAUUCUUUUUUUUUUUUUUUUUUUUUACUAUUUUGGUCCUCUAAGACUUUGUAUAAGGAAUACUUAGAAUUGUUUCAGAGUGCAAUACUCCUCAAAACAUAGAAAUAAGGAAUAUUGAUUGACUUUACUGGGUUAUAUAUAUGGUAUAUAUGCUUUAUAAUUAUUUUAUUCUACUAUUUUGGUCUUUUCUAGGAUAUGUAUAAUGAAUACUUAUAAUAUUACUAUUAUUUCCGAGUGUAUUACUCAUCAAAACAUGAAAAUUAUUCACAGUUUGACUUGACUGGGUUAUCCUGGGUUUUAUAGUUAGUGUGUUCUGCAGUGGAAUUCCACUGUUAGUAUCAUGAAAUUGUAAUAAAUUUAGACUGAAUAAGUCAUAUUUGAGUCACUUGUACAUCUUGUUUGCUGAUAGGGAAGCUGGUGGUAGAACAAGAGCUCCUGGUUCAUUAUUUACUUUUGCUAGUGAGGCGUACUAGUACGUCAGACAUAGUCAUCACCUGAGUAGUUGAUCAUAAUACAUUGUGUGGACACUGCUGGCUUUAGAUUUUUUUCAAAUGUAUGAAUAGAUGAAAGAAGACUCAAAGAGUUGUGCUGAGGUAAAAAAUAUUAGCAGGUGGCAGAUAUUUGGGUACAAAAAAUGGUGCAUACUAGUACGUAGGACACAGUACCAGUACCUGUGUACUAGUACACUGAGCACAGUACCAGCAUCUUUGUACUGUUGCACUGGACACAGUACCAGCACCUAUGUACUGGUACAUAGGGCACAGUACCAGUGCCUGUGUACUAGUACACUGAACAUAGUACCAGCACCCGUGUACUAGUUCGUCGGACACAGUACCAGCACCUGUGUACUAGUAUAUUGGCCACAGUUAAGAGUUAAGAACAAACAUAUAAUUUUAUAUAUAAUACUGUUCCUUAAGCUGGGUGCUUAGCUCCUGGUGAUUUUGACCUUAGGAAUUUGAGCUAUGCCUUGAACUAUCCCCUCACAUUUUCUAGAUACUGUAUUGUGUGAUUCAUACAGGUUUUGGGCUUCCACUUGUUCAUAUUAUUAAAAUACAUUAUUAGAGAAAUAUAAUAAUUUUAAUUCAGUUUUUAAUUCCUAGAGGAGAUUAUUAAGUCAGUGUUCAGUAUGUCUGAAAUAUUUGUAAAAGAAUGUGUUCAAGAAACACAAAAUAUAGAUCACAAAGAAGAAAAACUAACUCAGUGUUUUCAAGAUGUUUCACACAUGUCUCACCUUGUAUCUUGCACUAGAAAUCUUCCAGGUGAAAAGACAUUUCAGUGUUCAGUAUGUCUCAAAGAUUUUCCAGAUAAAUUGAAUUUAGUAAAUCACAAAAGAACUCAUGCUGGAGAGAGACCAUAUCAGUGUUCAGUGUGUCUAAAAGAAUUUUCAGAAAAGUAUAUUUUAUUAAAUCAUGAGGUAAUUCAUACUGGAGAGAAGCCAUAUCAGUGUUCAGUGUGUUUACAAACCUUUUCCCAAAAAGCCCAUUUAGUAUCACAUGAGAAAAUUCAUACUGGAGAGAAACCACAUCAGUGUUCAGUGUGCCUAAAAGAUUUUUUAAAAAAGUCUAAUCUAGAAUCACAUAAGAAAACUCAUACAAAAGAGAAACCAUUUCAGUGUUUAGAAUGUCAAAAAAAAUUUUCACGAAAUUCAAAUUUAAUCAACCACUUAAGAAUUCAUACUGGAGAAAAACCAUACCAGUGUUCAGAGUGUCUAAAAAAAUUUUCAACAAAAGCAAACUUAAGGUGUCACAUAAGGACUCAUACUGGAGAGAAACCUUAUCAGUGUUCACUGUGUAUCAAGGGCUUCUAUGAAAAACCUCUUUUAGUAAAGCAUAAGAGAAUUCAUACUGGAGAGAAACCUUAUCAGUGUUCAGUUUGCUUGAAAGCCUUUACCCACAAGGCUACAUUAAUAUCACAUGAGAGAAUUCAUACUGGAGAGAAACCUUAUCAGUGUUCAAUAUGCCUAAAAGCCUUUGCCCAAAAGUCUACUUUAGUAUCGCAUGAGAGAAUUCACACUGGAGAGAAACCAUAUCAGUGUUUAGUGUGUCUAAAAGGUUUUCACCAAAAGUCUCAGUUAGUAUCACACGAGAGAAUACACACUGGAGAAAAACCAUAUCAGUGUUCAGUCUGUCUAAAAUACUUUUCCCAUAAGGUUAAUUUAACAUCACACAAGAAAAUUCAUACCAGAGAAACCAUUUUAGCAUCUUAAAGAUUUAAAACACAAGAUUAAAAGACAUUACAAUGUCUGAUCUAGUAAGCUGUUUAAAAAUUUCCUAGGAGAAAAUUGUAUCAGUGUUCCAAAUGUAUGAAGUCCAUUUAUGCAAAUGAAAUUAGUGCAUGUGAAUACAUUUAUAAAAAAAAAAAAAAAAAAUUAUCAUUGUCACUAAAUUUUAAGAAAAAUGUACUCAUAAGUUAUAUAAUAGUUAUAUAUGUUGGAUGGUUGGAUCUGUGUCCAUUGUCUAAUUUUUUUGCAGUUGGAGCAAUGACAAUCUUAGUAAUAAUGGUAGAAUUACCAGCAAAAUGCAACUAAUGUGUCAUUUUAUUGUGGCAUUGGCUUGACAAAGCUCCUGAAGAGUGAAACGUUGCAUUAGUUACAUUCAUCUGUGUCCUUCUAUUUAACCAUGAUAAUCUUAUUCUUUGUAUGAUGCUGAUUAUGAAGUAAUUUUGUUGCUCCAGCAAAAAAAAAAAAAAAAUCUUGACUUUUAGUUUUAAGUAAUAAAUAAUAAUAAUAAUAAUAAUAAUAAUAAUAAUAAUAAUAAUAAUAAUAAUAAUAAUUAUUAUUUCUAGAAGUACAUGUACAAGGUAUACAGGCCCCUUGUUAUGCAUAGCAUUUUGGGCAUAUUAGUCAAUUUUGUCCCAGGUUGCAACCCACACCAGUCAACUAACACCCAGGUACCCAUUUUAUUGAUGGGUUAACGUGGACAGCAGGUGCCUUGAGGAGACACAUCCUAAUGUUUUCUGUUGUACUGGGAAAUCGACUCCUGGGCCUCAGUUUGUGAGCUGAGUGCACUAGUGAUCGAGCUAUGGGACACCACAUUAUAAUUAUGUUGAAAAUUGCAGUAUAUGGUACUAAGAGGCUUGUUUUAAGAUUGUUUCAUUUUCAUUUAUUCAUUGCUUUGGCUUCGUAUGUAGAUAAAGAUUAUUGAUAAAAGAAAAAUUUUCUUCCCAAAAUGGACAGGGAGUGAUAUAUUAUCAAAUUUUAAUAAAGUAGUGAACUGUUAUGACUA